AUGCUUUUUGUUGUUAAGAGAGAUCCUGUUUUUAAACGAAAGAAGGCUGUUUCAGAACGCCUAUCACCAGAAUAAAAAAGUAUUUCUCUGUUGUGAAACCAUAGAAUUGAUGGAUGAUUAUGAGAUUUUCUCUUAUCUUAAGAAUGAAAGAAAUAAUCAUCCUGCUUCAUUUCAUGUAACUUCACUACACUAAGUUCCUUUGACUCAAAGAUCUUAGAAAAUGAUAACGCAGACAAUCAAAGAGGAUGGGGGGAAGCCAAAGAGUGUUGAGAGUAAACAAUAACUCAAAAAGAAAAAAAAAAGUUACUUUUAACUAAAAUUGGAAAGAUAUCAAAAAGAAGUAGAAGAAUAACAAUCAAAAAGAAAACAAGAGUUACUGGCUAAGUCUAAAAAUCUCCUAAAGAAAGACCUCGAGGAUAUAUAGAAAAUGACAAAUAAAGGAGUUAGAGAAUUUGAGGAAAGAUGCAAUUUGUAUAGCAAAUAUUACUCAGAAGAGUUGAUGACACCAACUGGAGUGUAAAUUCAAUUUAUUAAUUUGGUAGAAGACAAGAAGACUUGAAUUUGCCUACACACAAAUAUUCAACAAUUGAGAACUAAAACAAGUACAAAGUGCUGUUGAAAAGUAAGCCAAUACCUCAACCACGACUAACAUCAGAAUCGGAGUUCGACUAAUAUCAAACUAAUCCUGAUAAAGUUUAGUUGAUUAGUUAAUAACUGCAAAAACUAAAUAUCAAGGUAAAUUUAUCAAAUUAAUUUUCAAAGUUAAUAAAAAGAUCAAAUGAUUCUGAAAAUCAACUUUUUGAUGCAAUACUAAAAAAUGAUAGUUUUACAGUUCAUAAAUUACUAAUGGAGAACAAAAAUUUCAUAAAUAUUAGAAAUAGAGUAUUAAUUAAUCAAAUAUUUUAGAUUUAAGAAACACCAUUGCAUUUAGCCUGCAAAAGGAAUUUAAAAGAAAUGGUUGAAUUGUUGUUGAGACACUAAGCUGAUGAAUCGUUAAAAGAUAUAUGGGGACAGACUCCUAGAUAGCUUGCAUUGAAACUUAGACAUUUAGAAAUUUUGAAGGUUUUAUCUUAUAAAUGA